ACCACCUAGACCAGAAUCCACCUCCCUUGCCAGGUAAGUACUAGAGGUCCCUUGCUGGGGUCCUAGCUACUAUUGCAGUACAAAUAAGCAACCACUUUCCUUAAUAUAACGCUCUUGGCAAAGGUCAAUGGUAACGUGGGCUGGGAGAUGAAACACUCCUCGCACUCCUAUCCACAGAAGGGAUCCCUCUCAGUCUAGGCUGGCCAUGCCACUAAGAGACAGGGUGCUGAAGGGGUUCAGUCCGCCUCACCCCUUGCUGCGUGGAGCCCCAAAAGCACCCAUCACUAAAGCCUUGAUAAGCACAACCUGCCUGGGUCUCAUUGCACCUCAUUGCCCGAGGAUUGGCCUGGACCAGGGGAGCUGGGCAGUGCUGGGCAGCUCCAGGGAGCAAGACUGGAGGCUUUCCCUGCCACACCGUGUCACUUUAAAAGCACACGCAGAGAAGAAAAUACCCAGCGGUGUGUCAGGGAAGUGAGUCACCAUGGAAAUGCACCCAAUCAGCGCUGAGGGCAGAGGAACAGCAUUAGACUUGCAAGCUCCGGCAGCUGGAUGACCAGAGCAGUCAGCAGCUUGUCCUGCCAGGACCUGACCUUCCAACCCACGUGCACUGCUUGAAGAUACUAACACUUCAAUUUGAAAGACAGAGCACAGUGGCACAGCUCAAGCAGAUGUCAUGGAAGUUGAUCCAGCACUUCCAUUAAAUACAGAGGAAGAGGACCUAACCACCCCAUUUAUGAAGAGGAUGUAUACACCAGCUCUCCAAGAGGAAGUCAAUGUGGCUGUCAUUGCAAGUGUCAUCACUGUGGUUUUCAUCACCCUCCUGACCGUCCUGAUGGUGAUCAUAGUGUACCUAUAUAAGAAUAAAGGCACUUACCUCACCUAUGAACAAUCAAACACAGAGCCUGAUGCAUCAGUACAGAUGGAGAAUGUGCCUCCCAAAGGAGAAAAGGAAGAGUAUUUCAUUUGAUUCCUUUCAGCUUCUAAGCUGUUCUCAGCUUUGAUGUCAAUGUGCCCAGACCUUCCCAGACUCUGGAUUCGAAAGACUUUUUCUCCUCCUCAAUUUAUUAACUGGAUCAAGGAAAGAAAAGUGUAAUGGGUGACUACUAGCCUUGAUCAUAGUUCUACUGCACAGACUGCUAAUGGAAAGCCAGUAUCACCACUGUAAUGAGAGGUGAGCAGGAGGAUGCUUGCCAGUAGCAGGGAUAGCUGGUGGUUGGCACUUCCUUUUCCAUGACUUGCAAUACAGUUGAUUGGCCAGAUGUCUGUA